UGACGACACCUUCCAUAAUAAAGAUAUAUACUCGAGUUAUUGAAGGAAAAGUAAAAGCACAUAAAACAACUUUAUUAUUCUCCAAACAUCCAAUCUUCACUUCACUUAAUCUAGAACAAAAUCCUCAUUCAAUUCAAUUUCCCAUACAAUUAUAGCAAUCAUAAGACUUACAAAGUAACAAAAUGAGUAACAACGGACCAAUAUUCUUUUGGCACCCACAUGGUGCAGAUUAUCCAUGGUUAUCUCAACAUCACAUAUGUGAGUUCACGGAUGAAAAUGGUCAAAAAUUCACAAGUACCGAACAGUUUGUUUCUCUUCUUCCAAAGUAUUCUUCACUCAUAACUCACAACUUCAUCCAGAUAUAUGAUGUACCACAAAGCACUCCAUUUCAACGACAUCCCAAUGUCCCAAGAAAUACUCAACACGACCAAUCCCCCCAAAAUCAAAUCUCUGGGCCGCCAAGUCAAGAAUUUCAAUAGUCAGAAAUGGGAUCAAGUGAAAUUCCAAAUCGUGACUCAAGGGAACGUAUUGAAGUUUUCGAGAGGAGGAAAAGAGUUAAGAGAGCAGCUUGAGAAGACAGGGAUAGGGUGGUAGAAGCGAGUCCUUAUGAUAAGAUUUGGGGGUGAA